AAAUAAUUGAAUAGGUUGGUGAUUUUAUAUAUAUAUAACUAUUUUAUCAAAAAAUUGUCUAUACAAAUCUUAUCUAGAAUAUAACAUUUAAGUAAAAAUAAGAAUGGAGAAUUGGCAAUUGAUUACCUAUUUGUUGUUUAUUUCCUAUUUGAAGUUUAACAAAGGGAUAGCAUACCAUUUUGAAAGAGAUGCAACGAGAAAUGCUGCUGCAAAUGGUGACUUAGACAAAUUAAUAAGAGCUCACGAGAGUGGAUGUUCUUGGAAUCAAGAAACAACUACAGCUGCUGCUACAAAUGGACAUUUAGAGUGCCUAAAAUAUGCAAUUGAAAAUGAAUGUCCAUGGGAUCAAACAGUAAUGGAAGGAGCUGCUUUUAAUUGUAGAUUAGACAUUUUAGAAUAUGCAUAUAUAAAUAAAAUUGGAUGGAACGAAAAUAUAACUAAAAUGGCUGCUAUGAAUGGCCAAUUAAUAUGUUUACAAUAUGCACAUGAAAAUGAGUGUUCAUGGAAUGAAGAAACAACGACAGCAGCUGCUACAAACGGACAUUUAAAAUGUUUACAAUAUGCACAUAAAAAAGAGUGUCCAUGGAAUGAAAAAACAACAAAAGCAGCUGCAACGAAUGGGCAUUUGGAGUGCCUAAAAUAUGCAAUUGAAAAUGAAUGUCCAUGGGAUCAAACAGUAAUGGAAGGAGCUGCUUUUAAUUGUAGAUUAGACAUUUUAGAAUAUGCAUAUAUAAAUAAAAUUGGAUGGAACGAAAAUAUAACUAAAAUGGCUGCUAUAAAUGAUUAAUUAAUAUGUUUACAAUAUGCAAUAGAAAAGGAAUGUCCCUGAGAUGAAACAGUGAUCUAUUACUCUUUCAUCUCAUUGAAUAAAAUAAAGAAUUAUACUCAAAUUAUACAACAAAUAUUUUUCUGAUAAAACUAUUUUAUUUUUUAUAAAUUUAUUUAUCUGAUUUUUUUAACUUAACUUUUGAAAAAGUUUCGGUAUACUGACAGAUUUAUACAUAUCUUAAAUUAAAACGUACGGAAUAUACUUUUUUAUGGAAAAAAAAUUUGAAUUUUGAACUGUCGUCAUGGUAAAAAUAACUAUCGUAGUCCAAAAUAUGCUAUUUCUGUGUAAAAUUCUCGAUUUAAAUUUUUUGACUUUGUACUGCUAUAUCUGUUUGAAAAUUGUAAGAAUUGAUAAAAAAAAAUUUUUUUUUUUUUUCGUAUAGAUUUUAUAAUUAACUCUGGAAUGUUAUCAUGAAGAAAAGAAACAUAAAAGUUAAACAAAAAAAUACGUUUUUUGUGUAAAAAUUUCAAAAUUUAAUAAAUUAUAGUACAUUAACUUUGAGGGCGUGGUGUGGCGCGGUAGUCACACUAAUUGUUGACAAAACUCUAGUGUUAAGCCGCACGCUACCGCCGUAGGUUAACGGAUGGGUGACCAUGCGUGUGCUUCUACGGUGGCGAAGAAGCACCAAUGUUUUUAGAGCAGAAGGCAACGGGAAACCACUGCAUUUAAAAAUUUCCCCAAGAUAUACCAAUGGUAUUAACCAACCUAACGGUUGUAUAUAAAAAAAUAUGUGUUUUUAUGAAAGUUGUUUAAACUGAAUUUAUGUAUUAAAAAAAGAGUAGUUAGAGUAUCAUUCCCCUAUUUUUUGAAAAUAUUUAUUUUGACUUUAAACCUUUAUAAAAUUUUUGAAAAAUAUUUUUAAAAACCAAGCACAGUGGGGACAAGUUAA